UAUUGUUAUGUUUACUGUGUGGGCAGUUGAAGAGAAAAAGUAGUUUUGAGAAUGAAAAAUUUAUUCCCCUUCACAUUUUUGUUACUUGAUAUAUAGCAGUUGAACUGCGAACAUUAAUCCGUGAAGCAUAGUGUAAAUAAGGACAUAAGUAUAUGUAUCAGAAGAUUAAAUAGCUUCUCGGAAAGUGAUUUAAUGAGAUAAGUUAUGCAUUCCGUUUUAUGAUAACAGUUUUCCUUAGUCAUCGUAGAAGUCUUAAAUCACUAUUUUAUAUUCUGUAUCCAGACACCUCAUAACAGCAGAGUGAAUAUUUAAAAGCGGCGUAAUAAUUAAUUUGUUUUAAUCCAAAGCAAGAAAAUGCAAAUAAAAUACAGAAUAUCGAUAAGUUCGAUUCCAUUUCGACUUUUGUCUGGUUUGUUUGUUAUAUAUAACAAUUCAAGUUGGGCUACAUUUGGUAAAAAUAUUGGAUUUUACUGUGAUGAUGAAAGUAUCAAGAAGCCAUUUUUUGGAGACUCAGUUCGUGUAUCAUAUUUGUUCUCUGUUCUUCUUGGACUUUUCCCUUUAUUUAUUUAUAUAUCAGAAUGUCUCAUGCGGAAAGAGGUAAAGAAUAGCUCUCAUCCUAAAAUAUCUCCUUGUAAAAUGUUUUUGAAGUUUUACUACUCUGGUUUCCUUUAUGUCUUAGUGCUGACUGAAAUCUUAAAGGUGUUUUUUACAGAGCUAAGACCUCAUUUUUAUUAUUCUUGCUUACCAAAUAUGACCAAUAUUGAUUGCUCAAAAGGAUUAAUUACUGAUUUUAACUGUACUAAUGAUGGCCCACACUGGCUGAUCCAUAGAGAUAUUUAUAAAUCAUUCCCUUCUGGUCAUGCAGCUCUUUCUUGUUAUUCUUUUAUAUUCAUGACUAUAUACAUAUAUUCAAAAAAGAAUAAUGCUGUCAACAGUUCUUUGAAAAUUUGGUGGUCACGGAUAAUUCCUCCUUUAUGCUUUGCAUGGGCAGUUAUCUGCUGUGUUUCUAGAAUUCUUGAUAACAGGCAUUUUUGGUGGGAUGUUUUAACUGGAAUUUGUAUUGGCAUGUUUGGAGGAUUUGCUACGGCUCGUUUGGCUUUGAUGAAAACUGCAUGCAAAUCACAGCCUUAAUUAUUUAUUUUUGUCUGAAGUAAAAGAAAUUUACCAUUUGUAUAUUUAUAAGCCCUGUAUAUAAUAUUGAGAAUUUUCAAGACAUGUAAUUGAAUUUCCUGACUUAAUGGUGAUAUGUAUAGCUUUGUUAUUAGAGGUUAAUAUGUGCAAAUGCAUGAAAAAUAUUAGUGAGAUUAUGUUAAAAAAAUCUAAUAUAUAUAAUAUUAAGCAAAUGCCAAUAUAUUCAAUGGGUUGUAUUUUUAUACUUUUAUGUUUUGAAUUCUUAUUACUGCAUUAACUUGUUUUUCAUGCGAAUAAUAUAUAUCUUUUUAUGAUAUAUUAAAAAACAUCAGUUUUUUAGUAAAUUAAUUUAUUAUUUUUUACCAUUUUAGAAAAUAGUUAUUACAUUAUACCUUAAUUAUUCCACUUUGUUUCUCUGUUAUAAUAAAAUUUAAACAUGCUGUAGCUUUUCUGUGCAUUCAAAUGCUAUUUAUUAAAAUAAGAUACCCUUUUGAAAAAAAGUGUCAAGUUAAUGCAGUAUGGUUUUAUUGACUCUGUCUUGUUCCUAUUCUUUAUUUAUAUUUCAAAUGAGCCAUUAUUAAUCGACUGUCUCACUAAAAUAGACAUCAAGUUUCCAUUUAAGAAAUUUUCUCUUUCUAUGAUCUCUUUUUUUUAUAUGUAAUUCUAUUUAUUUAUUCUUUAUGUAUUGUUAUUU